AUUUGAACCAUUUGAAGGUCACGAAGGCAUCGCUCAAAGGUCGUUCAUAAGUUGUAGUCCAACUGCUGAAUGAAUGUUAAGUGACAAAAUAUUUUCUUUGAAAACUUGGUUGUACAGUGUCAAAUAGCUGGGUUUUUAGUUGUUUGUCCUUGAGUGAACUUAAGGUGAGUUUGGUGUCUUCGAGAAUCACCAAUUCCUGUGUGGAUCUAGUUUACACUAGAUCCGCAUGUCACUUUUUAGUUACGAAGUAGGAUCGAGUGUAGAUUAGGACAAUAUUAUUCUAAAUGUCAUUUAAGCAUGUCACACAUAUGUUUUGCAUUCGUUAAAAUCCAGAGCUUUUUGUGAAGACAUUUUAACACCAAGAAUUUUUGGUUAACCUUAAUGAUUCGGAAACACUAUCACUGAGUAUUAUAAACAUUUAUUGUCGGAAAGCUUAUCAUUUGUCAUCUGAAAUGAUUCGCGUUUAUGACCGUAAAGUAAGUAAGCUUUCCCUCGUCCACUCUGACAUCGCUCAAAGAUUGUUCAUGAAUUACAUUUUCCCAAGAAUUCUUUUAAAAAAUCCUAAGAGUUAACUCUUAGGAUCUAACCUACUGAAUUUUAGUGUUAAUUUUAGCUAGCUUAAGUCAGAUCACUCUUGAUGGCAUAACUAGUAGUUUCAAUUGGAAUUGAUAGUUAUGCCUUGUUAACAAGCAAAUUUAUACAUAAGCAUGCUAAUUUGCAAGUUUGCUUGCAGCAGACAAAUGUUAUGACAAAUAUUAUCACCUAUCCUAGUGCGUACAGAAAAUCACAUCGAUCUUCAUGGAAAAGAAGUUCUGAUUUCCGUAACAUACGUUUCAGGUCUUUUUCGAAACUCACCAACUGUAUUGUUGGUGAAACCCCUAUCCCGUAGAGAAAAAGCUUGUUAAAAAGAACCUUAGUCAGGUUAAACAGAUUAACCUUUCCUGACUAAGGAACGAAAUCAUUUUAUCAUACAAGCUAUGCAUUACUUUGUUAGCUUAGUAAGUGGCGGUGUAUUGCUGUUAAAAUUCUUUUACAUUGGUUGGUUGUAGUUAGAAGUAACCAUACUUAAUAAUAAAAAUAGUAUUAACAUCAUUAAUUAUAACCACUUCCAUUUAAUAAAAUCUGUGGUAUACUGCUUUAUCACAAUUUAUAAGGUGGUGUGUUUCGUAAUUUUGAGCGUCGAUAUUGAAAAUUUUUAUCUUCACACUCAACUACUGUUAAAAAAUUCAUGUCAUCUUCAGUUUCAGUUUCAGUUUGGGAAGGACAGGAGGCUCGAUGGCCUAUGUUAGUCCUGGCAAUGGUGGUCUCUCAGUUGAUCCAACUUUCUUUUGAAAGAAUCGACAGAUGGAGCCUCAACCACAUGCUGAUGUAGUGAAUUCCACUCGUUGAUGAUUCGAUGGGAAAGUCGAUAGUCAGCUGACAAGUAAUUUGUUCUCGGCUUAUGAACUUUUUUGGAGUGUCCUCGUAAAUUCUCUGUUUUGGAAGACAAGAAAAAUGAGGGCAUAUCAGGUGCAAAUUUAUCACUAAGCAAUUUGAAAACUGUAAUCAAGUCGCCUCUAGUUCUGCGAUAUGACAACGGGAAAAGGUUCAGCUUGGCCAGUCGAGAUUCAUACGGAAGCUUCUCUAUUCCGGGAAUCAGCUUAGUCGCCGUUCUCUGAACCUUUUCUAAAAGCUCGCUGUCUUUUUUUAAGCAGGGGCUAGCCGCUUGUAUGCAGUACUCAAGUUUAGGACGAACGAACACUAUACAAAGUCAACAACGUUUUGGCGUCGACAUGACUAAAAGCUCUACGUAUUGACCAUAAGUUUCUAAAACCUUUGGCGGCUAUUGCACGGCAGUGUGCAGUAGUCUUUAAGCCUUGACUAACGAUAACUCCUAAGUCAUUAUAUGUUUGGACGACAGGUAGCUCAGUGUUAUUCAUCGUGUAUGUAUCUGUGCCUUGAUGACCGAUAUGCAUCGCAACACACUUGGAAGUAUUUAUCGGCAACUGCCAUGUUUGAGACCAUUCAGAUAACUUCUUCAGGUCAUUUUGAAGUUCUAAGCUAUCACUCUUACAUCGUAUCGUUCUCCAUAUCUUGACAUCGUCAGCAUAUAGCAAGACCGAUGAUGAUAGGAGACAAGGAAGGUCAUUUACAUACAAGAGGAAUAGCACUGGCCCCAAAACUGUACCCUGGGGCACUCCACUAAACACAGUUUCCCAGCUAGAUACCUUUGAGUUCACCCGAACUCUUUGUUGACGCCCAACUAAGAAGUCUUUUAUCCACAUCAAUAAAUUGCCUCCAAUCCCGACUUUUCUUAACUUAUAUAACAGUCGGUUGUGCGGAACUUUGUCAAAAGCUUUACUGAAAUCAAUGAAGGCGACGUCUACAGGUAGCUUUUGGUCCUUAAGAGCACACCAGCUUUCACGAGCCACUAAUAAGUUAAUGAGACAAGAAUAACCUAUUCUGAAGCCGUGCUGCUUCUCCGAGAGGAUCCGGUUUUUAUCGAGAUACUUAAACAGCUCCUUCCGAAUAAUCUUUUCUAAGAUUUUAACAACCACACUAGUUAGGCUAACGGGGCGGUAGUUCUCAGGUUUGUGUUUCGUACCUGUUUUGAAGACAGAACUUACUAUGGUGUUCUUCCAGUCUUUUGGUAAACGACCCUGCGUAACGGAUAGGUUAAAGCAUGUACUUAAAGGGCUUGCAACGAAGUUAGAUAAUUCCUUCAGUAGCCUAGGAUGUAAUUCAUCGGGCCCCGUGGAUUUACCUAUGUCAAGCUUAUUUAGCAGACCAAAGACAUCGAGUUCCUUAAUGGUCACGCUAUCCAGUGUAUGUAUGGGGGGAUCUGUAUACGCUGACGGGAAGGGCGCUUCUAUGGUAUAUACGUUGCUAAAGUAGUUCGAGAACACUUGAGCCUUACCAAAAUCGUCUUCCACUAAUGAUGAAGCAGUACUGUCUCCCCAUAGAGCAGGAAUAUUUCCUUUUCUCCUUGUCCUUUGGUUUAUAUAGGAAUACAAGCGUUUAGGACAUUCUAUGGAUUCCUUAACAAGUUUUCCUUCGUACAAUUUUCUAGACUUACGGAGAGUCGAGGCACAACUAUUCCGAGCCUUUCGAUACUGAGAUUUUGACUCAUCAGUCCCCAGUAACCUAAAUCUAUCCCACAUUUUCCUUUUCUUACGGAGAAGGAUACGGACCUCCCUGCUGAGCCAUGGUGGUGAGUUUUUCGGCUCCUUUGGUAUAAUCCAAGGGAUGUGAGGUGUAGUAACUUUUAAGUAUGAAUUUCGAAAUGCGUCCCAGGCCGUUUCAAUGGAGGACUCUGGGUCUAUUGUCCAAUAUAUUAACGAUGCUGAGUGCAUGAUGUCUGGUAUGUUUGCUCUUCCCUGAUGUUUCAUGUCAUUCAGAAUCCCAAACUUUGCCAAAAUGUAUAUAAUUGGUAUUCUGAUAUAUUAAUCCAUAGUUUCGUUAGAAUUUAUCUUGCUUCAUGCUUUUAGGUGUUUUGGGAUCAAACAAUACUCACCUAUGGUUGAUCAGACUGGCCUGGACGUAUGGACUUUGGAAUCAGAGAUUCAACUUUUUCAUGCUAUAUUGAAUCACAAACCCGUUGGUGCAGAUCGUCAUUUUCAGAUGAUAUAUGUAUGCAACCUUGUAAACUCGUUUGUGAGUGAUCCAAUUAGUACAGAUACUAUUUGGAAAAAGCUAGGUUCGUUGUAUAACAUGGAAGAGUUGCAUGAUUCUGAAGUUAAUCCGUUUCAAUCAAAGAUGAAGGAAUUCAGCCUCCCAGAAGAGUAUGACUCCCUGAAAUCUUUGAAGUAUCCUCGUGCGACAUUACAGAGUGGCAUACCUGUUUCUCGAUCUCCACGUACUGAUUCCUUUAGUCAAAAAAGAACAAGGAAAUCUUUGCGUUCAGUUGACUCAAACGCAACUCUAGUCUCUUCAACUAACUCACCGGCUACUACAACCGCUGGUUCUGUUACUUCACGAGAAAAAAGACGUUGAUUUCUGUUCCCAUGUUGAAUAUGCGAUUUGUUUUGUAUCACUAACAAAGUGUUUUGCAAUAAAUAUUUGUAUUCGCUUCAUUGUUUUGAUUUUCUCCCCAGUAACGUCUGUAAAUAAAUUGGGUCUUUCAUUUGGAAUAUCCUCUCAUUUUUCAAUAGAGUAUGGUCAUGUUUAGCAACAUAAUUGUCAUGAUUUUAAAAUGAUUAAGUUUACUUUUUAUGGAACCUGAUCCCUUUAUUGUAGUCACUUCCAUAUAGAGUAUUUACAACUCAACUUAUUUAACAUACAUAGCUAGUAGACUCGAUAAAACUGUGUUUACUAAGAUGAAUCAUAACCUGACGAACUAGCAGAUUAUGUUUUUUGCGUAUAAGAUCACACAUCGUGAAGUCAGUUACACUUGAACACGAUUAAAAGAGAUAAUUGGUACUGCAGUGUGUAUCAUCUGAUGUUACCUCAUUUGUUAUAUGAUCAUGAAAGUGUGAUGUCAAAUAGAGGACAAAUGUGAUAAUUAGAAGUAUUUAGAUUAUUAUACGAACUAGGAGUCUGUGAUGAAUAAAAGUAUUUGAAUUAUAGUACAAACUAGGAAUCCUAGGAAUAACGCAAUUUAACCAAGAAGUAUCAGAUGAGCACGGACGAACGUAUUGUAUUUGGAAUUCGAAAUCAGGCAGUCAUCAAGCACAAAAGAAUCAUUAGUCCAUACAAACACCACAUCCUCUACAGCUUAAAUGGGAAUCCAAAUUCUGCAAUCAAUUGUACCUCUUCUCCUUAAGUUCAUCAUGUCUGUCCGACCGUGUAUUGGAUAUAGUCUCUGUAUGAUCUAGAAUAUACUUAUUAGUAUUCGAGUUAACAACUGAAAUUUGGACGGACUCACGGGAUUGUAGACAACCACCAUGUCGGUUAUGUACUGAAGCCACUGAUACCUAGAAUUUGAAAUAGACUUUCAACACUUUCUUCCCCCCAUGAAAUGAUGUGUGGUCCUUAUGUCAUGCCCCCAAAUGCCCUGGUAUGGC